AUGGUGCACGGAAGCCCUGGGAGAGCUGUGUGGUGCUAACCUCAGCCAGCAUCUACCGCAAGCUGCAGGAAGCCUCUGGAGAGAGCACGGAUCCCGCUCCCGAGCCACAGCGGGGCAGCAGAAUGAGCAGCGAGCUGGGCCUGUGGGGCCCGGCUGGGUCGCCGACGGAGCCUAGCCUCCCCCACCAGCUGGGCCUCUUCCCGAAGAGCGGGCGGCUCCUCAAGUCGGAGUCGGAGGACUCCGGGGUGGAGAUGGCUGGCAAUGAGAACUCACCCUCCACUCCACUGGGCUCAGAGAGCAGCUUCUCUCUGGACUGUCUUGAUGGCUUCCAGCCCUCCACCGCAGACUCUGCUGCCAGCGACCCAGAGGAGGGCUGCCCCGAAGCAGAGGGGCCAGAGGAGCCGGACCCUCUCCGGGAACGGGCCUACCUCCGGAACCUGUCGAUCAGCAAGAAGCUGGCCCAGGUGAUGCAGCGCUCCCGAAAGCUCCACGCGCCCAGCCGUUCUCCCAAGCCACUCGGCCGGAAGAGCCUGAGCCUGAUGGAACUGGAGCUGUUGGCCUCCUACGGCUCGCAGGAGCUGAGUGGAAAAGUGGGGGCUGCAGAGGGGCACAGCCAAGCCCUCUCCGGCUGCCGGAGCCUAGAGGAACAGAGCACUGAGUCCUGUGGGGAGGAGGCGGAG